UACAUACAUCACAUGAUACGAAAGUGAAGUGACUAUACUUCGGACGUCUUCCUUACGUCAAUUGGUGUAACGGUGUAAAAAAUCGAGUGUAUGUACACAUACACACACACAGUCAGAUUAAAGCUUACUUGGCAAGUUCGCAGAUUGCCAAUCUUCGCGCGACUUCAUUUCAAUAUCGCUCUCCUUGCAUACUCCAACAUAUUUCUAUUCACGUUGUAAUUGUGAACUUUUCCUUCCUUUCUCACCAAUUCUUAAUUUGACUGUAUUCUUUAUAUUAUUACUUGUUAUCUACUGUUCGCUCGCAUUUACAACAUGAAUACCAGAUUCACGGGAAUAGAACUGGGGCCUCCUAUCGAGGUUUUUGCACUGCAAAAAACAUUCGUCGACGAUACUUACGAAAAGAAAGUUAAUCUCACUAUAGGAGCUUACCGCACUAACGAAGGUAAACCAUGGGUUCUACCUGUUGUAAAAAAGGUAGAAAAAUCACUUGCAGCAGAUGAUUUACAAAAUCAUGAAUAUUUACCAGUUCUUGGCUUAGAAGCAUUUAGCGAAGCUGCUACAAGUAUGUUAUUAGGUACAAAUUCUCCUGUUAUUGCCCAAGGGCGUGCUUUUGGUAUUCAAUCGCUUUCUGGUACUGGAGCACUGCGUGUUGCCGCUGAAUUUUUGAGUCGUAUUCUACAUUACGAUACCUUUUAUUACAGUAAACCUUCCUGGGAAAAUCACAGACUGGUAUUUAUUAAUGGAGGAUUUAAAAAUGCUCGUGAAUAUACAUAUUGGAAUGAAAAGACUCGUAACAUCGAUUUAGAAGGAAUGCUCCGGGAUUUACGAGAUGCUCCAGAAAAUGCUGUAAUCAUUUUGCACUCAUGUGCACAUAAUCCAACUGGAUGUGAUCCAACUCCAGAGCAAUGGGCUAAAAUAGCUAAUAUAAUACAGGAAAAACACCUUUUUCCAUUAUUUGACAGUGCAUAUCAGGGUUUUGCAAGUGGAGAUUUAGAUAAAGAUGCGUACGCUGUACGAUUGUUUGCCGAACAUGGAAUCGAAUUCAUUUGUACACAAAGUUUUGCGAAAAAUUUUGGAUUAUACAACGAAAGAGUUGGUAACAUAGUUUUUGUGUUGGCCGAUACAAAGGAGAUGAUUCAAGCUAGAUCACAAUUAACAUUAAUUAUCCGAGGAAUGUAUAGCAAUCCUCCUAAUCAUGGUGCUCGAAUUGUUGCAACUGUGCUGAGAAAUCCGGAGCUCUUUGAGGAAUGGAAGGAUCAUAUUAAAACAAUGUCCAGUAGAAUUAAACAAAUGAGGGUAGGUUUACAUCAUAGAUUGCUCGAACUAGGUACUCCAGGUACUUGGGAUCAUAUUAUUCAGCAAAUUGGAAUGUUCUCAUAUACAGGACUCAUCGAGAAGCAAGUCCAGCAUCUGAGAGAUCAUUAUCACAUUUAUAUGUUACGUAGUGGACGUAUAAAUAUGUGUGGGCUCAAUGAAAAUAAUUUGGAUUAUGUGGCAAAUGCAAUUAAUGAAACGAUAAAGCUGUUGCCAGAAGUACAAAACGACUGUAUGUGUCGAAAAAUGCCAGGUUGCGCAGCUAUUGGUUGUAACAAUCGUAGUGAAAAAGGAUAUAUUAUGAAAUGUUUUCCUCGAGAUUUAAAUUUAAGACAAAUUUGGCAGGAUCGCGUCGCUAGAGCCGAUUGGGAACCGUCUAACAAUUCCUUUCUCUGUCAUGUACAUUUUGAACCUAAAGAAUGGGUUAUAACCCAAAAUGGCAAACUCAGAUUAAAGAAGAAUGCUGUUCCAUCUAUUUUUACCGUAACAUCAACCAGGAAAUCUGCCAAGAAGCGCAUCAAGUUAGCUAAUAUGAAGAAUGAAGACUAUUAUAUGGUGGAAUCUUUAGAAAAUGAUACUGACAAUUCGUCUAUUAGUCAUUUGGAAGAAAAAGAUUCUGAUAUGCAGGAUAUUGAUAAAUCGUCUAUACAAUCGCUUGUACAUCAGCAAGUAAAUUAUUUUCCAAAAAAGAUAGAAAAUCAACAAGCAUCUCAUGGACAUUAUAUAGAUAUUACGAAUGAUCUUCAACAAAAAAAUAUAAUUUCAGAUAAUAGUAUGGAGGUAGAGAGUGAUACUAAAGAACAUGACACUGAAGAACAAGCAAGUAUGGAGAAUAAAAUAUCUGUUAGUAAUUUUAUAAUAAAGACAAAUUCAACUGAUAAUCAGAGUGAGGAUGUAAAAACAGAAAUAAAACAAGAUAAUAACAUCUUCGAUGAUAAUUAUGAUGAGAUAGAGGAGAAAUUAAAGCAAAUUUGCGAUGGUCGUGAAGAAAAGAAUAUAUCUAAUAUAGAAGAACUAAAUUCAAUUUCUAAAAAUUGGAAAGGAAGUUUAGAAAAGUCGAUAAUGCAGCCAUUGUUUCAUAAAGGUAUAAGUUAUAAAUAUUCAUCGAGGAAUGAAAUUGGAGAUAUGCUUACCGACAAUAGAGACAACAUUGAGAUCAUCUUUGGUAGUGAAAGUAGUGAAGAAUUUGUUCGAAUUCCUAGGUAUACAUUUUCUAGCAAUGGGACUAAUGAGAAUGACAAACGAGAUCAUCAUACCACAAAUAUCAAUAGUAUUACUAAUGAUAAAGAGCUCACUGAAACUGAAUGUACAGAAGACACUUUCAGCAGAGAAAAUUUAUAUGUUCCAUCAAAUGCAAGGACUGCUGUAAGGUAUAAAGAAGCAAUUCGAGAGGAAGUUAUGAAAUCUUUAAAAGCAUCAGUUCAAGAUACAUCUUUAGAGGAUACAAAUUCUAUGAUUAACAGUGAUACUUCAGAUGCAGAAAUAGAAAACGAAUCAACAAAGGAACUGAAUAUAUCCGAAAUUAUGGGAUAUAAUAAAGACGGUGCUAUAUCAGAUACAACAAGAUUCACAGUCAAAGUUACAGGCGAUCGCGAGGAUGUAGUUGAUAUUAUGCAAGAUUUAUUUAAAAAUACACAAGAUUUUAUUAUUCAAGAGCACAAUAAUACUUGUUUACAGCAAGAAAAUAAUACGGCUGUUACUUCUAUCAUUACGAUAGAUGAUUAUCCAUUAGAAACAAGUUCUAUAGAUAAAUGCAAUGGUAUUGCUUCGCCAUGUAUUACAAGUAUUGCAUUAAGAAAUAACGAUCAAAUGUCAUUUGCUUCAAAUUUACAAAAUGAUGAAUGUCUAACUACAAGAUUACCGUCAUUGAAUAUGAAUGAAGAGAAGGAUUCAGAAGUGAAUAACGCCAUUAUUAAUAGUAUUAUUGAACAACCAACGAUAGAUAAUGCUAGUAAAUGUGAAUAUAAGAAAUUACAACAAAAAGUGAAACUGCAAGAGACUGUCAUUGGGCAAUUAACUCAUCAACUUAUUUUGCUCAAGGAUUUGGAGAAAAAAUUGCAAAAUAAAAAUUUGAUACUCAAAGCAAGGACAAAGAAACUGGAAAAACAGAUGGAUGAAUUGAAUAAAAGUACAGAUGGCGUAUCAUCUCUAACAAUUAAAAAAAUGGAUAUGAGACAAAAACUGAUUUAUGAUUUAUCGCACAGAAUGAGUAAUUUCGAAGAGAUGAAUAAAAAGUUAAUGAAAACUAUAACUAUCGAAUGUCAACAAAAGAGACGGCUAGAAAAUCAAAUCAAGCAAAGAGAUAAACAAAUAAAAGAACUCAAUUGGAAAUUGGACAAGGCUUCGAAAUACCUCGAGCGAGCAGAGAAAAAUACAAAUACAUAUAGAAAAAAGAUGUUAAAUAUGCAAACUUUUAUGAGAAGAAGAAAACUCUUGGAUGGAAGUACAAGUGAAUUUUAUGACAUAAUGGUAGACAGUACGAAGGAAAACUAUUCCGAAAAAAUUCUAACAAUGGCAACGGAAAUUAAAGAAAUUUGUGGUACUAAUGGAUACAAAAAGUUGUUAAACUGUGGGUUUCCCCUUCCAGCACUAUCGAUUUUGCAAACUCUCCCGAAUAACAGUAUGUCAGAUACCAGUAAAAGUAACAACAAAAUUCAAGAAAUGAUCUAUUUAAAUACAGACGAAGAGAAUGAUACUCAGUAUAUGAAAAAUGAUAUAGAAGUCGAUACAAAAAAUCAUGCGGAGUGUACAACGGUUUGUGUAGGAAGCAUGGACGGUAUGGAAACUGUAACAGGCACUGUUCAAGAUAUUUUCGACGAAAGCAACGACGAUGUAGAUGAUUUGAGUACAAAUGAAUUGAGCGAUCAUUUUAUUUUACAAUUAAAUGCAGUUAUUUAA